GACGUUGACAAUAUUGGACAGAAAUCAGUAAUUUGAUGUCAUGAUCCACGCGCUCUUCCAAAAAUAGCGUGAACUGUAAUCGUUUAUAUAUAUAUAUAUAUAUAUUUAUUUAAAUAAUAUAAUUUUACAAUGGCUGGUGGUAAAAAUACUCAAGCAGGAUUUCAACCGGAUUCCGAUGUUCAUAUCACGUUUGAAGAUCAACAAAAAAUCAAUAAAUUUGCAAGACAAAAUGCAAAAAUGGAAGAUUAUAAAGAAGAGCUAAAAGUUAAACAGGGUGAUUUACAAAAUUUGGAAGAUGCUGUCGACGAAUUAGCUCUUUUAGACGAUGAUGUUAAAAUACCGUACCAAUUCGGAGAAGUGUUUAUUACCCAAGAUCUUGAAAAAACUCAGAAAUCCUUGGAGGAAGCUAAAAAGAAAAAACAAGCAGAAAUAUCGUGUUUGGAGGGUAAAUGUGCUGACCUGAAGGAAACAAUGAACGAUUUAAAAGCACAACUGUAUGCUAAAUUUGGAAGUCACAUAAAUCUAGAGGCAGAAGAAGAUUAAAUUUAAGAAUUGUCUUUCAAGGAUUUGCAAUAAAACAGCCUGAUUACCAAUACGCUUUUAUACAUUUAAAUGAAUGAGAAUUCUUAUGUAAAUUUAUCAUUUUCACUAAAUAGUAAUACUGAUGAUGAAUUUAUCAUAUUUUUUAACCAUAAUUUCAGUCGUUACGUAGGUUCAAAAUACUUUAAUAAAUAACACUUCACGAAAAA